CUUCAACAAUCGUGUUCAUGCUCGUGCAUGCAACUGUAGCUGUCAAAUCUCGUUAAUUCUAUUAAUUUCUUCGCAAAAAUUUGCAAUUUUUUCAUGGUUUGUAUUUGAUUUAACUUGUUACAAGGGAAGUCAACAGUUCAAGGGUUAGAAGAGUGCGUAUUGUAUUGCGAAUUGUUAUCGGAAUAUGUAGGUAUGUGAAGUUAUUUUGAUCAAAACACGCGAAAAGGCUUGCAUAUCGAACAGCCGGCACAAAAACCGCCAACCGGUCUCUUUCUCGCCUUCGGUAGUCAGCGGUCGAUCAUUUUCGCGUCAUUCUGCGCCGCCAUAUUGUUAUUCUCGUUGGUGAAAAGCCGUCGCUGCAUCGCAGUUUCUGUAAUAUCCUACCGAGAGAACGGGUGUGCUGGAAUUUUUCGCAGGAUACGGCGAAAGUAGCGGACUCUGGUCGGAUUCCAACUGAAUGCAAAAUUAGAAACGCUGCAAAAUGUCAAAUAUCGUGCUGGAUAAGGAUUGCUUCUAUCGACGGAUAAAGCGUUUGUACGCAAAUUGGAAGGAACCGGAAUUCGGUCACGAUGACUCGCUGUCAAAGGUGGACUGCAUUUUGACGGCGGUCGGAGCGGACGAGGAAACGAUCUACAGCAAAUCAACAUCGCUCCAGACGUGGCUUCUGGGCUACGAGCUUACCGAUACGAUCACAUUACUGUGCGAGAAGACGAUCUACUUCCUGACCAGCAAGAAGAAGAUCGAUUUCCUCAAACCGAUCGACAAGGAGGGUGAGGAGAAUGUUCCGGCCGUGAAGCUACUUGUGCGGGAUAAGAACGACAAAGAUAUGGCCAACUUUGGAAAACUCCUAGAAGCAAUCAAAGAAUCGAAGAACGGCAAAACUUUGGGAGUUUUUACAAAGGACAAGUUCCCCGGUAGUUUCUGCGAGUCGUGGCGUGCCUUUCUGAAGGAUAAAAACUUUGAAAAUGUCGACGUUAGUGUUGCCAUCGGGUACAUCAUGUGUGCCAAGGAGGACACCGAGGUGAUUACAAUAAAAAAAGCCUGUCUGGUGACGGUGGAUGUGUUCAACAAGUACCUUAAGGAUCACAUCAUGGAAAUUAUUGAUGCUGAUAAGAAAGUGAAGCACGCCAAACUGUCGGAGGGUGUUGAGCAGGCAUUGACCGACAAGAAGUAUGUUACAGGGGUGGACGUCAAUCAGUUAGAUAUGUGCUACCCGCCGCUCAUUCAGUCCGGUGGAAAUUACAACCUUAAAUUCAGCGCCGAAAACGAUAAAUCCUAUUUGCACUUUGGUGCGAUCAUUUGCGCUCUGGGAGCUCGCUAUAAGUCCUACUGCUCAAACAUUGUUCGUACGUUGCUGGUCAAUCCGACGGAUACAAUGCAGAAGCAUUACAAUUUUCUGCUGAAUUUGGAAGAGGAACUGUUAAAGGUUAUGGUUCCAGGAAAGAAGUUGUCCGACGUUUACGAGGCAGGCUUGGAGUACGCUAAAAAAGAGGAGCCCAAGUUGGUGGACAAACUGACCAAAACGUACGGGUUUGCCGUAGGUUUAGAGUUCCGAGAGAAUUCGAUGAUUAUCGGACCAAAGUGUACAGCAGUAUUGAAGAAAGGAAUGGCUUUUAGCGUAAAUGUUGGUCUGGCUGGUUUAGAGAACAAAGAAGCUGCCGAUAAAGAAUCGAAGGUUUAUGCAUUGUUUGUUGGCGAUACCGUUCUGGUUAACGAUGAGUCACCGGCGAGUGUUUUAACUCAGUCUAAGAAGAAAAUCAAAAAUAUCGGUAUCUUCCUGAAGGAUGACGAGGAGGAAGACGAAGAAGAGGAAGAGAAAACAAAAAAAGCUCCAGAAAUUUUGGGCCGAAGUGGCAAGCGAUCAACCGUAUUGGAGAGCAAGCUACGUAAUGAGCAGAACUCCGAGGAGAAGCGAAAGCAACAUCAGAAAGAAUUGGCCGAUGCGUUGAACGAGAAGGCCAAAGAGCGGUUGGCGAAACAAGGGGGUGGCAAGGAAGCGGAAAAGGUGCGAAAGUCUACUGUUUCCUAUAAGGGUGGCGUAAAUCAGAUGCCAAGAGAACCGGAGGUCAAGGAACUGAAACUAUUUGUUGAUCGAAAGUACGAGACUGUCAUUAUGCCUAUUUUCGGCAUUACUGUACCGUUCCACAUUUCAACCAUCAAAAACAUCUCACAGUCGGUGGAAGGCGACUAUACUUAUCUGCGUAUCAACUUCUUCCAUCCGGGCGCGACUAUGGGUCGCAAUGAGGGAGCAGUUUAUCCGAAUCCCGACGCCACAUUUGUGAAAGAAGUGACAUACCGAUCAACCAAUACAAAGGAGCCGGGAGAAAUCAAUGCUCCCUCGACAAAUUUGAACACCGCGUUCCGGUUGAUUAAGGAAGUACAGAAGCGCUUCAAAACUCGUGAAGCGGAAGAACGCGAGAAAGAGGAUUUGGUGAAGCAGGACACCCUGGUUCUAUCGCAAAACAAGGGUAAUCCUAAAUUGAAAGAUCUAUAUAUCAGACCAAACAUUGUAAGCAAACGCAUGACCGGGUCGCUGGAGGCGCACAUAAACGGCUACCGCUACACGUCCGUCCGGGGCGACAAGGUAGACGUUCUCUACAACAACAUCAAGAGUUCCUUCUUCCAACCGUGUGAUGGCGAGAUGAUCAUCCUACUACAUUUUCAUCUGAAGCAUGCCAUUCUUUUCGGCAAGAAGAAACAUCUGGAUGUGCAGUUCUAUACAGAAGUCGGUGAAAUUACCACCGAUCUGGGCAAACAUCAGCACAUGCACGAUCGUGACGAUUUGGCAGCUGAACAGGCCGAACGAGAACUGCGCCAUAAAUUGAAGACGGCCUUCAAAAGUUUCUGCGAAAAGGUGGAAGCUAUGACCAAACAACAGAUCGAAUUUGAUACGCCCUUCCGGGAUCUUGGUUUUCCGGGAGCCCCGUUCCGCAGUACUGUUCUGCUCCAGCCGACGUCCGGUUCCCUUGUUAAUCUGACUGAGUGGCCACCAUUCGUCAUCACACUGGAGGACGUGGAAUUGGUGCAUUUCGAACGUGUCCAGUUCCACCUGCGAAACUUCGAUAUGGUGUUUGUGUUCAAGAACUACUCACAGAAAAUUGCGAUGGUUAACGCGAUUCCGAUGAACAUGUUGGAUCACGUAAAGGAGUGGUUGAACUCUUGCGACAUUCGUUACUCGGAGGGUAUAAUCUCCCUGAAUUGGGCCAAAAUCAUGAAAACCAUUACGGACGAUCCGGAAGGUUUCUUUGAAACAGGUGGCUGGAACUUCCUUGAUCCGGAAUCGGACGAUGAAAACCAAGGCAACGAUGAUUCCGAGGACGAGGAAGACGACGCGUACGAACCAACCGAUGAUGAUGAAGAAUAUGAAUCCGACUCGGAGGAUUACUCGGAAGCGUCCGAAGAAGAUGAUUCUGCAUCGGAAGACGAUCUUGGCUCGGAUGAAGAGUCUGGCAAAGACUGGUCCGAUUUGGAGCGCGAGGCUGCCGAAGAGGACCGAAACAGAGACAAAGAUGACUUUGUCGAUGAUAGACAUUCGUCAAAGAAGCGAUCGCAUCACAGACGUGAUCGAGGAGUUGAAUCGUCCUCGAUCAAAAAGAAGCGACCAGAAGCGCACAGUUCAUCUAAAAGUAGCAGUCGCGAUAAACACAAGGAUAAACACAACGAUAAGCACAAGGACAAGCAUCGUAGCAGCAGCGGAAGUGGUAAGCACAACAGCUCUAGCAACGAUAAACACAAGAGCAGCAGCAGCAGCCACAAGAGGUCACGGGACGAUUCCAGAGACAAUUCGCACCAUCACAAGAGCAAAAAGUCCAAAAAAUAAUUGCUGUGCCCUCGUGAUACCGUUGUCUUCUUUUUAUGGGGACCGGUUCUUUUACUCAGAGUUGAUCCGAGUGCUCUUGGGAGCCCCCAGAAAAUUGUCUUUUUUUUCUCGUUCAACUCAACUCAUGAAUUCACCUUUGAAAGUUAAGUUCAAUCAGUUUUUGUUUGCCGUUAAUUUAUUGGUCAGAAUAUAAAUUUAGUAAGCACAUUGACAAAGAAAACAAA